AUUUCAUGGUCCUUUGUUUGCGGGUGUCUGAGAGACUGAGACAGUGAUAUGGCGUAUCUGAGAUUCUCACACGCAGCACCACAGCCACACCUCACACUAGGGUUUCCUUCACCACCUCAAUUUCUCUCUAUUGCUGCUCCAAAAUUCUCUCCCUCGUCUUCUACCAUCAGGUGCAAAGGUUUUAGUAGAUUGAUAGUGAAUCAGAGGCUGGUGACUGUUUUUGCAACAAAUCCCAACUCUGUAGGUGAAAAAUCACCCACAGAAGGAUCAGAUGUAAAUGAAACUAGCAAUGCUGCUCAAGGACCUCCUCUCCUUACUAUUCUGGCUGGAUUCUUUGUCCUUUUUGUUGUUUGUUGGAGCAUUUGGUCCAUUAUAACGUGGCUGAUAAGUUUAAUAGUUAAUGUACCUGCUCCAUAAUAAAUUUUAUUGUAAUGUUUGUUUGUAUUUUAAGCCACUGCACUAGUCCUUGUGCUCUUGGUCAUAGUUUUCUUUUUAUGCAUUUGGACUUGAUAGUAUAUUUGAGUGGUAAAAAUUCUGAAGUGAGCCAAAAGCAGGAUAAAAAACCUGAGCCCUGAGGAAUUGGCAAAGCCUAAUAUAUUUGUUCUGGGAGAGCUUAUGGUAACCCUCCUUUUAUUUUGGGUAACUAAAGUUAACAUAUAUUUGCGCUUA